AGAGGUGUUGCACAGAGUGCCGAGUGGAGAGAACAACUCCUUGGAUCGCUUGUGCGCAAAAUCCACCCCUUCUCUCCCCUCUUUCUCCUCCAGCCUCUGGAUCCCGCACUGCCCUCCCUCCCCCUCCCUCCAGCGGUGUGGGGCUGGGGACUAGCGCCCGUGCUCAUGAGGUGGGAGAGGGCUGCCAGCAGAGGAGAACGCCAGAGGCUCAGUUCUCCCCUUCUGCCUGAUGCUCCUGCCUGGAUUCGCCAGGGCUGGGCUCCGUCAGGAAUCGCCGGAGCUGGCAGCGGCUGGAGGAAGCUGCUAAGGCGCGCGCGGCUCCUGAAAAGUGCCUGCGCUCGCGGUGAACCUCCCAACGUGGUCCCAGCCGGCGGUCAGCACCAUGGACAGCGGCGCCGUCCCCAGGAGCCCCGGCAACUGCUCUGACCCCUUCGCGCACUCUGCAAGUUGCGCCCCAGCGGCACCGAACCCGGGGUCCUGGGUCAACUUCUCCCACAUGGAUGGCAACCUGUCCGACCCGUGCGGUCCGAACCGCACGGCGCUGAGCGGGAGCGACAGCCUGUGCCCUCCGACCAGCAGCCCUUCCACGAUCACGGCCGUCACCAUCAUGGCCCUCUACUCCAUCGUGUGCGUGGUGGGUCUCUUCGGAAACUUCCUGGUCAUGUAUGUGAUUGUCAGAUACACCAAAAUGAAGACAGCCACCAACAUCUAUAUCUUUAACCUUGCUCUGGCCGAUGCCUUGGCGACCAGUACCCUGCCAUUCCAGAGUGUCAAUUACCUCAUGGGAACAUGGCCGUUUGGAACCGUCCUCUGCAAGAUCGUCAUCUCCAUAGACUACUACAACAUGUUCACCAGCAUAUUCACGCUCUGCACCAUGAGCGUGGAUCGCUACAUCGCCGUCUGCCAUCCUGUCAAGGCCCUGGAUUUCCGCACUCCCCGCAACGCCAAAAUCAUCAAUGUCUGCAACUGGAUCCUCUCCUCAGCCAUCGGCCUGCCUGUGAUGUUCAUGGCGACAACAAAGUACAGGCAUGGUUCCGUAGAUUGCACACUAACAUUCUCUCACCCAGCCUGGUACUGGGAAAACCUGCUGAAAAUCUGUGUUUUCAUCUUCGCCUUCAUCAUGCCCGUCCUCAUCAUUACGGUGUGCUACGGACUAAUGAUCUUACGCCUCAAGAGUGUCCGUAUGCUCUCUGGCUCCAAAGAGAAGGACAGGAACCUUCGGAGAAUCACCAGGAUGGUGCUGGUGGUCGUAGCUGUGUUCAUCGUCUGCUGGACCCCCAUUCACAUUUACGUCAUCAUUAAAGCCUUGAUCACAAUCCCAGAAACUACUUUUCAGACUGUUUCCUGGCACUUCUGCAUUGCUCUAGGUUACACAAACAGCUGUCUGAACCCAGUCCUUUACGCAUUUCUGGAUGAAAACUUCAAGCGAUGCUUCAGAGAGUUCUGUAUCCCAACUUCCUCCACCAUUGAGCAGCAGAACUCCACUCGAAUUCGUCAGAACACUAGAGACCACCCCUCCACGGCCAACACAGUGGAUAGGACUAACCAUCAGCUGGAAAAUCUGGAAGUAGAAACUGCUCCAUUGCCCUAACUGGGUCUUCCUGUCAUUGAGACCCUCACUGAGCUUAAUGCCACCAUCUUAUGUGGAAGCAGGUCACUGCCCGAGUGUGUGGGAAGCUUUCAUGUUCUAGGAAUGUGUCUGCUCUGAGUCAUCAAAACUUACUCCUCUCUGGUCACUUCACUCUGCAUCAUUAGAGAGACAUCCCAACUAAGGCAAGCACUGGGAAGGAAAGAACGACUAAUGCGUCCAGCCUGUGUACAUAAUCACAAGGAGAUGCCCAAUGGGACCAUAACAGGCUACCGUCUGUAAAUUCAGGUCGUCAUGGAAGAUGAACUUUCCGUAGGUAAUAUUUUUUUCAAGCAAAUAUUUAUGGCCUCAUCCAAGAAAAACCACAGAUUGCUUAAUUCACCAUAGUAACACGUGACGUAAAUGCUACCUCUGAUCAAAGCACCUUGUGUGGACAUCCAAGACUUUCUGGUCUUCUGUAAGAUAAUACUUUGCUUUGUUUUUGACCUUUAAUGUUAACCUUAAAAGUAUCUUCUGGAUAAGACUUCAUUUCUACCUUUGUUUCUUGGUUCUAUAUUUUAAAGAAAAACAUCUCCAUUAUUGCCAGGGAAGAGAUUAACAUGAAAGGCAAUCUGAAACCCAGGAAUGUGUCAGCUGCAGAAAGGUUGGUUCUUGUGCAUUGCAAGUGCUUCCUAAGCGUUCAAAAGGGAAGAGGGGUCAAUAAACUCAUCAUUUUAUUAUGCAGGAAGUCAAGCAUUACCAUGUACUCUUCAUUUCUCAGUAGUUUCUCCACACAGCGUGCUCCUUUUACAUAUAAUUUUCUUUUGUUAACGCUGCUCAGAAUACUUGUGCUUUUUGAAUCAGAGUGAUAAAUUGACAGAUGUUUUUGUUGAC